GGGACCCGGAUCAGUCGGAAACGAACGAUCGAACCAUACUUACGUCUCAUUCACACGGCGCACGUGAUUAAAGUUGUUCCCUUCGGCACACGUUUUGUCAUCAGUGAAGUGCCUAGUUAUACGAAUUUAAAAACGAAAUUGUUGAAUUAAAAACUAACAGAAAGUGUACGAAUAUUGAUAUUCUGUGGACUUUUGUAUCCCAGCAACAAUACUGUUUGUGUGCGGAGGAUAUACCGGUGCACUAAUUGCUGUUAGCGGAGUGAAGUUUUAUAAAAUGGAGCGAUAAUCUUCAAAAUGCGGUGGUUCAGAAAGGGUGAGCCGCCGCGGCUGCUUGCCGUAUCGCCUGAAACGGAACCUAGAAACACGCGGCGGUCUAGAAUAGAUAUAUCCCCGGUACGCUACUCCAAUCGAAAAAGUAGCAGCAGUUCGGUGGAGACAAACUUCUACAAUCUAAGCGAUCAAGUUAUAAUAGUUGAAAAGUCGCCGCACCCAUGUCACCGCAACGGAGAAACACCAGUUACCCGACGCAUUUCGUUGCAAAACAGCCCCACUUCACUGCAAGAAAGUUGCAAUUCUAGUCGCAAAAACCGCGGAGGCUCUUUAGAAAAAGAGUACAUGGUUUUUAGAGAAAGACGAAAUCCAUUAUUGGAUAAAGUUAAGAACACGAAACUGUCCUGCUUUAAGUCUAAUGGACCCUUUCGACAUGGCGAAGAUGCCGCAUCUACAUCUGGUAGUGAAUGUAGUGCUUUUGGGCAUGUGGACGAUGUAACUCAUUGUCGUUUUGCUGAGGCAUACCCUGAAACUCACAAUGAAUUUGAAAAUCACAAUCCAUGGGUCAAAAUGCAAAAUUAUGACGACGAGGUUUUUUAUGCCAAAAGCCCUAUCGAAUGUAAUUGGCGAGAAGGCAAAUCGUUUACAAACCGCGGAACUAGAUGCUAUAGCUCAGGUUCAGAAUGUGACCGCUAUCAUGUUAUUCCAAAGACAGUAACAAAACUAUCUAAAUCUAGUGAUCAAAUUUUUAAUGACGACUAUGAACCUUACGAUAAUGAAUCAACAAUUGCCAUAAAAUCUGAAAGAAAGACUGAUAAAUUUAAGAGUAAAGAUGAUAAGGAUACAAUUGGACCGAAUUCAUGUUUAUCUGCCAAAUUACGAGCGAUGUCCGAUAGGUAUCUGAAAUCAUCUACAAAUAAAUUUCUAUCAAAACUUUAUCGACAGAAUGGGGAAGAUGAAGAAGGGGCAGCUAGUGCAAAUGAAAAUAGAUCAAAGUCAAGUUGUGCAAAUAGUAAAAGUCGUAAAAAACGAGGUGGUGUUAAAGCCAAACUCAGGAGUUUUUCAUAUGGCGCGUUACCUGGUUUAGAUGAAUUCCAAAAGGGUCAGAACUCUGUGUUCCACGAUGACGUCUUCAAUAUUUCUUGUGACGAUGAAAACGUGUUGAUCCACGACUGUGAAGAUGCAGAUUCUGGUAUAUUAGUAAAUGAAUCAGCAGCAUCUUCAUUAUUCGAGAAUGAUAGAAUAUCAACACGCUGUGAAAGUUCCGCAUCACAAACAAAUAACCAAAUUCCAUCUCAUAGCAGAAGUGUAUCGGGAGAUCAAAGUUACGCGAAAGCUAGGGUUUCCCAUAGAAGGAGUAGGGAAAGAAAUGAAGUUCCCAAGCCGAGACCAAGGAAUUCCCAAAGAGCAUUAUCAUUAGAUCGUAAAGAAAUAUUAAGGCGAAUGCCAAAGAACUGUGAUAAUGACGAGCCUCAGUAUCUUCAGUUAACCGAGAAACAAAAAAUGCGGCAAAGGGAUGCUAGUCAAGGCGAUUGUGGUAUUCCGCCGAUUCCCCCGUGUCGUAAGCCAAUAAAAAAUUCUAACAAAUUACAAGCGGAAUUUAAAGUUGUGAAAAUAAUGAGAAAUAGCCCGAUAGACGAAUUAGGCAUAUUUAUUGCGAAAACAAAACUGUCGGAUGAGGGGCACGUAGGCUACUUAGUAGCACAUGUUGUUCCGGGAGGUUUAGCGGCAAAGGAAGGCUCGUUACGAAUCGGCGAUGAAUUACUCAACGUCAAUGGUAGAAGACUGAGAGAUCUAACUAUGUCUGAAGCCAAAGAUGCAUUGCGGUCGGGGGCAUCUGAGAUAGACAUUGUCAUCUGUAGACAAAGAGAAAAGACAUCGAUAGAAGCGCGACAACGGGAACCCCCACAUAGAAAUAACGUCCUUAUGCGCGAGAGUUCAGUCGACUAUGAGAAUGCUGUUAUAUUAGGGAAGGAAAGAGGCGUCGAUAAAUAUGACGUCAGAAUACUGCGUCAUCAGUCCCAGGAUGAAACCGCUUAUAAUCGAAGCGCGUUAUCAGCGGCGAAUGAAACGGCAAGCGCGCCAGUCACGCAUUCACAUUUCCUGAAAGGACAGAACGCGAACUACAGCAGCAUGAAUAACAAACUCCUGCGCCGGCAAGUUGUUAGUUACGGUGGUUCCAAUAAGGAGGGAUUGACAUUGAGUUGUGCUAGUGAUAUAGUGGACGUUGAUACACCCGAUGGAGUGACAGAAACUAAUCCAGUGAAAAAUGAGGACGACAAUGAAAUACAAACCCCUAAUGCUGCAAACUUUUGCACUUUACCCCGUCGACCGCGAGCACCAACACAUACUUAUCAUACGAUUACAUUUGAAAAAGGACACGGCAAGAAACCUUUAGGAUUUACAAUUGUAGGUGGUAGAGACUCUCCAAGAGGUCCUCUUGGCAUCUUCAUAAAAAGUAUUUUACCCCAGGGUCAAGCAAUAGACGAUGGAAGACUGAAAGCAGGUGAUGAGGUGUUGGCUGUGAAUGGGCAAGCAUGCCAUGAGCUAGCUCACACUGAAGCUUUGGCCCUUUUUAAAGCAGUUCGCAACGGAUCCAUCGAGCUAAGAAUAUGCCGCAGAGUGAAAACAAAUCAGUCCGCUAAAGCAAAAUCCUGUACAGAUCUUCUCAAUGACGAUGAUUGAACGACAAAAGAGAAGUCCUCGAGAACCAAUUAGAAACAAUGUGCCGAAAAACGGCAUUACAAGGAAAACAAAUUCCACAAGUGCACCAUGACUUGACUUCUUUAUUAAAUGGAGUUGCUAUUAUUUCCUCCGUGUAACCAGCAAGGGAAUUUUGACAAACACAGCCCAGAAAGAUAGAUAAAAUGGUUUUCCUGUUCCCUUUUCCCGAAGAAAGGUCAUCGUUACAUUUAGACUGACAUAAUGAAAUAAAUAAUGAAGAUUAAAGUGCCAUCAAUUAAAAAUAUGUAUAGGUCCGAUUUCUUGUUACGUACAACAUUUCUUAGAAAGCACCAUGCAAUCAAAACAUUGUUUUUUCAGUACCUGACAUACUAUCGUUAGUUAUCUUUCAAAUUCACACAAAUUAACAAUUUAAUUAAGAAUAAUUCCAAAGAUAUUGUUAGUUUAAAUCUACUUUAACAUUGUCUAUGUAAUUUUUUCUAAACUAUCAAAAUAUAUCUGACAAACUGUUAGCUAGUGUACCGCUGUAUUUUAUUUUGUAUAUAACGUACUGUAUUUCUUAAUUAGGUAAAAUGAAGCAUGAAAUAGUACAGUCUUAAUGUAUACCUAAUGAUAUAGCAAAUGCACAAGUUAGACUUGUAUAUUAUGUAUUUAAUUGUAUGAAAUUGUAUUCGGUACCUACGUUAUAGAUAAAAUAUACGUAACUUAGCUUGUUCUGACAUUUGUAUUAAGAUUUGUGUGCAAUACUCAAAAUUAUAUUCUCAUGCAAGAAAAAUAAGAAUUUAUAGUGCGAUUUGAUUCCAAAAUUAUACCAAUACAGCAUAGAAAGAACGAAAUUUAUUGAAAUCUUGCAAUAAUAUGAUCUGAUUUAUGUAAUAAGACUAUGAUGUAAACUCCUUAUUGAUUUUUCAUCUAAUUGAACUAUAGGUAGCCAGAAUAUUUGUAUAUAAAUUAUUUAAUUGCAUGAUUAAUCAUUUUGCGACAUAUUUAUUCAUAUAACUUCGAUAAACUAUAUUUGACUAUACAAUUAUUUGGAGUAGCGCAUGUUUACACUCUUUUUAUAGAUUAUAGAUUUGAAUAUUACUGUUUAUACCACUUAUUUUGUACAUAUUAUUGUAAUUAAAUGCAAAUUAUUGUUCAUAAACUAUAUAAAAUAUA